GCCCUGGCAUCAGCUGUUCAGUAUUUGACAAUGGUGUGAGUUAAGAUUUGCGAACUGUCAGAGAUCUUGUUUGAAGUUAUAAAAUAAUUUAUAGCUUUCCAAUUUGCGAAAUGAGCGUAAACCCUUCGGAGGAUGAAAAUGUGGAGUUAGUGAAGACGAAAGUAACACAUGACCCUGGUUGGAAUGAUCCUCCAGUAUUUUCUUAUGAUGCUGUCACUGCAACAGCACAGUCCAAGAUUCCAAAAAGGGGACUACUUCUUAACAAGAGGGUGGCAUUUCCCUUGAGUUCCCAGCCAUCAUCAAACAAGUGUACAGCAACGAAGAAUAUGCCUCCUCCAAUGCCUACCAGCACAGGGCCUGUGGUUCACCUGGAUCAGCCACCAGUAACAGCAAGCAACACAACUGAGGAAAAUGCUAAAGAAGAUUCACAAAAAGAAGAAGCUCUUCAAAGCGUAAUGGAAGGUCUUGAGUGCAUUCUUAAAAAUUCAGCAUAUAACUUCCAGAAAAAUGAAAGUGAAAUUAGAAGACGACUGGAUGCAAUGAAGAAGAUGUGGGAAGAAGAUAAACUGAAACCUGAGAUUUACGUCAAAAUGGUCCAACUUACUGAAGCCCUUAGAAAUGGUAAUGCUGAGCUUGCAGAUCACAUCCACAUGGGACUUAUGGUGGAUUAUGUAUCAUUAUGCAGCCCUUGGAUGGCUGGUAUCAGGCAAUUGAUUCAUCACAUUAAAUCUCAAGCAUUAAAUCAGGAUGACAUAACAGAAGAACUGCCCAGAAGCCAGGAAGCGCCAAGCAUCUCAUAACAGUUUGUGUUAAGAAAAUAUGCCAUGUGUAUAUUAUUAUUUUUACAAUUAAUAAUGUUUCUAUAAAAAACAUCUAUUGUACAUUUAUUAAAAUAUGUAUUGUGUCUGUGAAUUUGAGAAUUGUUAUACAUUAUUUAAAUAAAUAUUUAUUAGAUAAUAUGGUAGACAAUCUAUAACAUAUGGAUAGUAUAUUAGACAUGUGCUGAGAAAUGAAAGCAUAUUAUAGGUUACGUUCCUUGCAGCAGAAUGUGUAUUUUAGAAUUGGGAUAAAUGGUUACACCUGAUUUAAGAUUGGUUAUCCUAGAUUAUGUCGACAUGUAAAAUAUUACACUUAAUAAUUUGGAUGGAUAAGCAUCGACUGUUUUAACAAGUUCUAGGAAGAACUUAUUAUGGCAUGCUUUCUUUCCAAAAUAUCAGUCUAUGUGGUGGGGCUAGCACAAAGAAUAAAUUAAUAAACUUAUAUAUUGGUUAUUUUUCAUGCAUGAUUUCCAGCAGUACAGGGUCAACUAUGUUGAUAAUUUGUCUCACGUCCCACUUUUUUAAGAUAUAAUAUUAUCUUCCUGUCUCCAAAGUAGUCUCUUCCCUUCAAAAUUUUGGACUAAAAUUUUUUAAACAUUUCUCAUCUCUCCCAUGUGUUCUACUUUCCUCACUGAUGUGAACACAUUAGUACGUGUAAUACUUGUUGAAGAGUACAAAUUAUGGAGCUCCUCAUGAUGCAGUUUUCUUUCCAUAAUGCUGUUAGUUGCUCUCUCUUAGGUGCAAGUAAUUCCUCAGAACUGUAUUCCCAAAUACCU